CCUUGGCCUCAGAUCAAUGUUUAGAAGAAACAAACUUACAUAAAUUCUCCAGAGAGGGCAAAAACAAAACAAAAUUGAUAAGAAAGCAGAGACGAUGUGAGCCAAUCAUCUCCUUCUCCUCCGUUUAUUCUCUGCGACACAUAACAACAAUCUUUCUCUUCUUCCAACUUCUCAAUCACCUUAGAAACCCAGAGGGAAUAUAUCAAUGGCUGAAGGGAAUUCAGUUGGAGGAAGAAGAAUCGGAUCAGUGAAAGCCGCCAUUAACAAGUACGGACAAAAAGUUACUCGAAGCGUCUCUCCUCUGCUUGAUUCACCAGAAGUUAAGCCGUCUCCUUCAGUCGCCGAGGACUUGCAUAAGUCAGGGAGAGAGCUUGGUAUGUACAGAGAGAGCAGAAUAGCUUCUGAGUCUGCAAAAGCAAAAGCAGAAGCUGAACUAAGCAAGGCGAAGAAGACGGUGCAGGAGCUAACUUUACUUAUAGAGGAGUCGAAUCGAAGGUUAAAAUCUCGGAAAACCGAUACCGAAGCUGUGAAGAAGCUAAAGAUUGGUGGAAACGGCAGGUACGCUCAGACCGUGAGAGAACUAGAGAUUGUGAAGCAAGAACUGAGUAAGCUUAAGCUUGAUGUAGCAUAUAUUUCGAGAGAGAAAGCUGUUGCGGUGAAGGAAGUAAUGGAGUUAGGGAUUAAAACGGAAGAGAAUUUGAAGUUGCUUGAGAGUCUUAAGUUAGAGGUUGAUCUUGCUCACGAAGAACAUGUUUUGGUUGAAUUAGCGAAGAUGGAGGCUUUGAAAGAACGUAAAGAGGUUGAAGAGCAGAGAGAAAGGGAAAAGAAGGAAGCUUUUGAUUCGUUGGAGAGAAGGAAGAAGAGAAUUAGAGAGAUGAUGAAAGAGAUUGAGAGAUCAAAGGAGUAUGAGAAUGUGUUAGCAGAGACUUUAUCAGAUAUUGAGAUGUUAGAGAUUCAGCUAAAGCUUGUUAAAGACAUGGAGAGGAAGGUUCAGAGGAAUGAUAGUAUGUCGAGAUCCAAGAACCGUUCUUUCGAAAGAGGGAACGACACUUUGUCGGUUUUGAAAGAAGUUACGGAAGCAACAGAGGCCAAGAAGGAGGAGCUCGCUUCUAUUAAGGCAGAGCUCUUUUGUAUCGUCAAUAUAAUGGAUGCUUUGAGGCAAGAACUUAAGGAAGUCAAACAAGAAACAGCUCGGUUCGAGAAGGUCAUACAAAAGGAUGAUGUAAUGAUUCAGAGGCUCAAUACGAAGCUGCUUAUGGGGAAAGAUAAAUUAGAAGCGGUAUCUGCAGAUGAAGCAAGAAUCAGUUCUCUUGCUGACAAUUUAACUUGUUCUUUCGAGAAACUCAAGAACGAUAAAGAAGCUGCAAAGAAAGAGGAGGUUAGUCUUAAAGAAGAAGCAAAGCUCAUCAAGAAAGAAGUAGAGAAAACCGAAAUGGGUUUUAGUGGGAAGGAGAAAGAGUUGCUUUCCAAGUUAGAUGAGCUCAAGAAAGUGAAGCAAGCAGAGGUUUUAGCUCUUGAGAAGCUUGAAUCAAUGGUGGAGAAGACAAUGGAGACUCGGGAAAUGAAAUCUCAGCGUAAUUCAACAAUCACAAUCUCGAGAUUCGAGUACGAGUAUUUGAGUGGACAAGCUCGUCUAGCUGAGGAAACUGCAGAGAAGAAAGUGGAAGCGGCAAUGGCAUGGGUCGAAGCACUUAAGGCAAGCACUAAAGCGAUUCUGAUGAAGACGGAAACUUUGAAAAGAGAGAGUGGCAAAACAAUGGUGGAAGAAGAGAGGGAAUCGUUUAGGAUGCAGAGGUCUCUAUCUAUUAAAAGAUUGGUGCAGAACGAGAUUCAGAAGUUCAAGGAGAGCUCUGAAGACAAAAGCUUGGUCUCUCCUAAACCGGUGAGAAGAUCGGUUAGGCUGAGCGGGAAAUUCAAUCCGGUUCAUGGAGGGAACGCGAGAAGAUACUCAUCAGGUAACAGAGGCACUCCGAAUUACUUUGUAAUCAAGAAGAAGAAGAAAGUUCCGAACUUGGUCAAGUUUUUUAGCCGGAAAAGAGAUAAGUCCGCUUUAGAGCAAUGAGAAGUUUAGUUCAUCUUCGUUUUAGUGACUGAAAAGUUUUUUUGCGUGCAUUUGAAGUUUCACAUUGUUGUAGUGUUGUAAUUGGUUUAUUUGUUUUGCAUCUUAAUAUAUUUAUGUAUACUUAGGUGUAUAUUAAUCAUAUGAUAAAAUGUUGCAUACUUUGUUAAUAUAUUACAAAUAAAUAUACAUAUAAAGUUAUGUAAUACUAAAAGUAGAAAUUUUUUGGUAAUAACAUUAGAGAUUCACUUUGAG